ACGCAGGGACGACGAGCGCAGAGAGAUAAACCCACUCUGAGAUCUCCAAGGUAGGGAUAAAGAUAGUGAAACCCACCGUCCCGCUUUCACCGAGUUCACAUAUUUCAUCAUUUCAUCAAAGAGAGGGAGGCCAGCCAAGGAUGAACGGCGACUCAGGUGCCGGUGUGGUGACGGCGCCCCCUCCCACCACAGCCCCCCACAAGGAGCGGUACUUCGACCGGGUGGAUGAGAGCAGCCCGGAGUACCAGAGGGAGAGAAACAUGGCACCCGACCUGCGGCAGGAUUUCAACAUGAUGGAGCAGAGGAAGAGGGUGUCCAUGAUACUACAGAGCCCGGCAUUCUGCGAUGAGCUGGAGACAAUGAUCCAGGAUCAGCUGAAGAAGGGGAAGACGCCCACUAGCCUGCUGGCUCUGCAGCAGAUCGCAGACUUCAUGACCACCAGCAUGCCCUCCAUGUAUCCCGCUGCACCACAGGGAGGCAUGGCAGCGCUCAACAUGAGUUUGGGUAUGGUGACUCCAGUGAAUGAUCUGCGUGGCUCAGACUCUAUUUCCUAUGACAAGGGCGAGAAGCUGCUUCGCUGCAAGCUGGCUGCCUUCUAUCGGCUCGCUGACUUGUUCAGCUGGUCGGAGCUCAUCUACAACCACCUCACAGUCAGGGUGAACUCGGAUCAGGAGCGCUUCCUAAUUGUCCCCUUUGGGCUCCUGUACAGUGAAGUCACCGCCUCCAGUCUGGUGAAGAUAAACCUUCAUGGUGAGAUAGUCGACCGGGGCAGCACCAAUCUUGGGGUCAAUCAGGCCGGCUUCAUCCUCCACUCCGCCAUCUACGCUGCACGGCCCGAUGUCAAGUGUAUCGUACAUAUACACACACCUGCGGGUGCUGCGGUGUCAGCCAUGAAAUGCGGCCUGUUGCCCAUCUCACCUGAGGCACUGUCACUGGGUGAGGUGACCUAUCAUGACUACCAUGGCAUACUGGUGGAUGAGGAAGAAACUACUCUGAUACAGAGGAACCUCGGGCCAAACAGCAAGGUGCUCAUCCUGAGGAAUCAUGGCUUGGUGUCUGUAGGCGAAACAGUGGAGGAAGCUUUCUAUUACAUCCACAAUCUGGUCACUGCCUGUGAGAUCCAGGUGCGAACACUGGCCAGCGCUGGAGGGCCAGAUAAUCUGGUGAUGCUGGACCCAUCGAAAUACAAGUCACGCCCGCGGGUCCCGGAGCCAGCUGGCGACGGGUCCUCCACACAUCCUAAGUGGCAAAUCGGGGAGCAGGAGUUUGAGGCACUCAUGAGAAUGCUCGAUAACUUGGGCUACAGGACGGGCUACCCUUACCGCUGCCCGGCAUUGCGAGACAAAGCUAAAAAGUACAGUGACGUGGAGAUCCCUCCCUCUGCCCACGGUGGUUACUCAUACGGGGAGGACAGUGACUCAGGUGCUCGCUCCCCACUGAAACAGAGCUUCCAGCGCGGCCAGCGUGACAAGACCCGCUGGCUCAAUGCCGGUGGCCGGCCCGACGAGCCUUACGAGGACGGGCCCGACGGCAGCAGCCCCAAGUCGAAGCCUAAGGUGUGGACGAACAUAACACACGAUCACGUCAAACCCUUGCUGCAGUCUCUCUCGUCUGGUGUCUGCGUGCCAAGCUGUAUAACCAACUGCUUGUGGACAAAGGAGGAAGGACUCCGCCAGGCUGCUGCAGCCAAUCAGUUCAUCCCAUUGAACACCAACCCAAAAGAAGUCCUGGAGAUGAGGAAUAAGAUCCGGGAGCAGAACCUGCAGGACAUAAAGACAGCAGGGCCCCAGUCACAGGUUCUGUGUGCCAGCACCGUGGUGGAACGCACCUAUAACCAGGGGGAGCUAGUGACCGCGUCCAAGGCCAUCAUCGAAAAGGAGUACCAGCCCAAGGUUAUCGUCAGCAAGCAGGGUCCCAACCCCUUCACCAAACUCACCGACCAGGAGCUGGAGGAGUACUGCAAGGAGGUGGAGCAGAAACAGAAAGGCCCUGAAGUACAGCGACGAGAUGAUAAUGGGGCAUCAACCUCCAGCGUGCCCCGUCCCGAGCCUGAAACGCUCCCGAGGGGUCAGGCAUCUGUCUCCACGCCUCUACAGUCUGCAACUGACUCACCCAGCUUAGAGAGAGCUCCACCUGCACCUCCCACACCUGCCACACCAGCCUCUGAGCCGGCCUCUUCCCCCCUCGCCCUCUCCAGUGAGGCUGAGCCAGCUCAGGGCGGUGCAGACUCUACAGAUGACGUUUUUUCGACCGCAGAAGAGGUUUUUUCUGCUCCAGAUUCCCCACACAAGGAGUUCCACUGCGCCGUGCUGCGAGCCCUCAGCAAGGAGUCGUCGGUAAAAGAGGCAGCUCAGUCAGAUCAGGCUCCAGACCUUGAGCAGCUAGUAGAGCCUGAGGAGGAGGAGGCCAAAAGCCAGAAACCCACCACCACGCCACCCAGCACCCCGGUCAGAGCAGAGGAAGAGUCCCUGCCAGAGCAAACCUAUAAGGAUGAGAGCGACGCAGCCACCCUGAGACAGACCCUUCCAGACUUAACACCUGACGACCCCUCCGACGCCCCAGCACUUCCUGCCGAAGACUCUGCCUCCGCCCCUGCAGCAGCAGACGCAGCCGAGGGGGAGGAACCCGCUGACGCUGGCGACCAGGAGGGAGAAGAGUCUCCCAGCAAAUCACCCUCCAAAAAGAAAAAGAAGUUCCGCACUCCCUCCUUCCUAAAGAAAAACAAAAAAAAGACAGAGUCCUAGAUCGGAGAAUGUUGGAUCGGUCCUCAUGGCUGGCCUCUGCCUCUUUUCAUUUUUUCGCUUUUUUUUAAUUUUUAUUUUGUCUGCUAUCAUCGCACCCUUCGAGCAAGCCACAGUAACACACAGAUAUGCUUUUUUUGUUGUUGUUUUGAUAUCAUUUGUCGCCGGCUUAUUAACCUACUUUUCCUCGUUAGUGUGUGCCAAUUUUGUAUACAGUGUAAAAAUGAUUGCAUAAAGGUUUUUAACUAUUAGAGGCUUUUUAGUUGUGAGUGAGUGAUGCAUUCUGUCUUGUCCACUCCAUCUGGCCUUUAAUGCAUGUCUACUACUACAGGCCCACACUCAAUGUGAGGUUUUGGGGUGUUAUCGCCCUCUUUUUUUUUUUUCGGUUUUCUUUUUUUUUUUUUCUCGAAGAGAAGUAUUACUAAACUGUUGUAACCACUAGAAUGUAUUGGGAUUGUAUCAAAAAUAUGUCAAAGUGUCUUUUAAAAACAGUGAAUGCAGAAAGAGAAGCUUGUACUCUCUCAUUUAACUGGUGGGAAAUUUUGACAGCGAGAACUACAAAUUGCAUAGUGCUAAUUUUGGCCUCUGCAGCUCUGCACCCAUGUAAUCACGUUAGCAGCACAGGGGGAUCUGUAGCUGGGAUACUAUUUGAUUAAAUCAUCCACAAGCUGCAUCACAUCUGACGACUUUUUUUAAAAACUCAAAAUCGACUCAAAAGCAUUUAACACAGCCUUAACUUAGAGCUAUUUUGUAAAGUGGUUUAGAUCUUUAUAUGAUGUGCAAGUUGGGUUUAAUAUUCCUCAAACCACGUUCAUCUGCAGUGCUGCAAACCUGCAGGUGAUGUAGUUUGAACCUGGUGAUGCUGAGCGUGGUUCACAACAAAGCAUGAGUCACCCUGAGAAGCGUCAGCAAGCGUCGUGCUUGUCGAUCAUUCCGAGGGUUGACAAUAAUAUAUUAGCUGUAAGUCUUUAGUAUGAAGGAAUGUGUAAGAACAAAUUCUCAGAUUAUGUUUUUCAUUUAUUCUAGUUAUUUGAGCCUGGCUUUGUUUUGCAUCUCUGAAAGUCAGAAACAGAAAUGCUUCAUAUUGUGAGAUUUCAUUCUGUAUGUAAUAUUUUUCGCUUUUUCUCACAAAGUAGAUUGAGCCAUGAUUGCUUGCUGUGAGAGAGCACUGUGAACCUCCUCUUUUAUAAACCACUGUCUGGGAACUCCACAUCAUAAACACACACACAGUUGCAGAACAUGUAAAUGACAGUGUCACUGUUAGGACGCCGCAUGAUCAACCAUAUUUCAGAACCCUCAGCCUCCACUUUUAAACUCCACUCUGCGCUAAUAGACUUUGUCAUUGAAUACCUGUGUGUUUCCAGUUGCGGUUAAGCCACGAUGUACACUGGAGAAGCAUUUUAUUUUAACGUCACUGAUGUGUAAUGAGCUGUGCUUAAGGUCGCAGGUCGCAUUGCUUCCUAACUUGUGUUUAUUCAUUCUGUUUUAACGGAGCCUUCGUCAUCAGUCUAAGCUUCACCUAAUCUGAGACGCUUCAUGACAGAUGGUGUAUCUACAGCGUUGCAUACAAGCUGAGAAUGUCUAACUCGUUAAGGACUGCAUGUAUAGAGUGCUUAGAGCGUGUACUGUCCUUUAAAUGACUGUAACUCCCCCUCUUUUAUUUCAGUUAUAUUUUAUUUUAGCUUUAGUGUGCUGAUAACAUUACUAAAGUCCUUGUAGUCAUGGUUUUCAUCUGAGUCAUCUUUUUUUAACCUCACAGCUAUGCUGGUGUGUGUUCUCUGUCUGAACUACUUCCAAUUUAAAUGUGUCUCAUCAGUAUACCAUCUACAGACUUCACCUCUCUUUUCUCAUGGUUCUGCCUCUUUUACAACCAUGAAUAAAAAACACUACCUUGGAAA